CCCAGCUGUCAUUAUUAUUGCCUGUGUGGCCUUCUUGAGUGCUCAGGAGAAGAAAGGUGAAUUAUUGAUUCUGUCUAAUGCAGUUUCUCUGACUCGUAAAGAUGGCCUCCCAUCAUCACCCUCCCCGGAGGAUGUCUAAAUGUUUGCAGUCACCACACUGCAACUUACUCAGAUGUCAUGUCACCUCAGUCACACGCAGCACUCAGAACAGUGGCCGUGAGAUGUCACCUCAGUCACACGCAGCACUCAGAACCAUGGCCGUGAGAUGUCACCUCAUGUCACCUCAGUCACACGCAGCGCUCAGAAAUAACUCGGCUUGUUCCAUUUCCUUGAGUAGCCCUCAGAGUGGUGCCAAGGCAAAGAGUAGCGGGAGCAGUUGUUCCUUUAGAACGUCCAUCUGAUGCCUGGAGCCUGGGCUCUUCAUCUCUGCCAAACGUCCCCUUCCUCUUCCUCUGCCUCCAGACCUCUUCAGCAUCCUACACAUCCGGACCUGAACGCACCCCUGCAUCAUCUCUGUCUGGAUUCCUUAGGAUCAUCUGCCUCCUGAUUGGCUGAACCUGUGCUGUGCUGCUCACUGAUUGGUUCCAGCGGUGGUGGGCACAAAGCGACUCCCUGGAGGGCAUAGUUGCUGGGCGGGCUUCAGGUCGGGAUUGUUUACAGUGGGCGUGGGAUAUUGUUGUUGCCGUGGUUACACAUCGCUAAUUGAAAGAGAGAGAUGGAGCCAGCGUUCGCCAUGGGGAUGGCUGCUAAGCUUCGCAGCCAGUGGGACCGGGACCAGGGUUUGGGCCAGAACCACAACGCCGUCAAGUUCCAGGGGCAGGACUUCGAGUCGCUGCGGGCCCGCUGUCUCCAGACCCGGGCGCUGUUCGAGGACCCGCUGUUCCCCGCGCAGGCCUCCUCUCUGGGCUUCAACGAGCUGGGCCCGCGCUCCUCCAAGACCCAGGGCACGCGCUGGAUGAGGCCCACGGAGAUCUGUUCUCGGCCCCAGUUCAUCAUGGACGGAGCCACGCGCACAGAUAUCUGCCAGGGAGCGCUGGGUGACUGCUGGUUGCUGGCAGCCAUUGCCUCUCUGACUCUGAAUGAAAACCUUCUGAACCGCGUCGUGCCUCAUGGCCAGAGCUUCAGCAGUGGGUACUCCGGAAUCUUCCACUUCCAGUUCUGGCAGUUUGGAGAGUGGGUGGAGGUGGUGAUUGACGACAGGCUGCCGGUGAAGGACGGGAAGCUGCUGUUCGUGCACUCGGCCGAGGGAGGAGAGUUCUGGAGCGCCCUGCUGGAGAAAGCCUACGCCAAACUGAGCGGGUGCUAUGAGGCGCUGUCGGGCGGGAGCACGUCUGAGGGUUUUGAAGACUUCACGGGCGGCGUGACGGAGAUGUUCGAGCUCCGCAAGGCUCCGUCGGACCUGUACAGCAUCAUGGGGCGAGCCAUAGAGAGAGGCUCCCUGCUGGGCUGCUCUAUAGACAUCACCAGCAGUCGGGACCAGGAGGCUGUGACCUUCAAGAAGCUGGUGAAAGGUCACGCAUACUCAGUGACAGCUGUGGACGAGGUGGUGUACAGAGGGAACCCGACUAAACUGGUGCGGAUCCGGAACCCCUGGGGAGAGGUGGAGUGGACCGGAGCCUGGAGUGACAACUCAAGUGAAUGGGAGAAGGUGGACCGAUCAGUCAGAGGCCGUCUACAGAACCGUAGUGAGGAUGGAGAGUUCUGGAUGUCGUUCAGUGAUUUCCUGCGUGAGUUCAACCGUCUGGAGAUCUGCAACCUGACGGCGGACGCCCUGCAGGCGAGUAACCUGAAGAAGUGGAGCACGUCCCUCUACCAGGGCGAGUGGAGGAGGGGGAGCACUGCCGGGGGCUGCAGGAACUUCCCAGCCACUUUCUGGAUCAAUCCGCAGUUCAAGAUCUCCUUGCAGCAUCCGGAUGUGAGCGGCCAAUCAGACUGCAGCUUCCUGGUGGCGCUCAUGCAGAAGGAUCGCCGUCGGAAACGGAAGGAGGGCAAAGACAUGGAGACCAUCGGAUUCGCCGUCUAUGAAGUUCCCAAUGAGUAUCGGGGUCGCUCCGGCGUGCACCUGAAGCGAGACUUCUUCCUGACGCAUGGGUCCAGCGCCCGCUCCGAGCUCUUCAUCAACCUGAGGGAGGUGAGCACGCGCUGCAGUCUGCCCGCGGGGGAGUACAUCAUCGUGCCCUCGACCUACGACCCCAACAAGGAGGCAGACUUCGUCCUCAGGGUCUUCUCCGAGAAGCCCGCCAACUCUGAGGAGCUGGAUGACAACGUCACUGCAGAUCUUCCCACUGAGACUAAGUUGGACGAGGCUCAGAUUGAUCAAGGAUUCAAGAGCUUGUUCAGACAACUAGCUGGCGCAGACAACGAGAUAAGUGGGACAGAACUGCAAACCAUUCUCAACCGUAUCAUAGCCAAACAUAAAGACCUGAAGACUGAUGGCUUUACUGAAGAGGCCUGUCGCAGUAUGAUCAACCUGAUGGAUACUGAUGGUAGUGGGAAGUUGGGCCUGACUGAGUUCCAUGUGUUGUGGGAGAAGAUCAAACGCUACCUGACUGUGUUCAGACAGUUUGACCUGGAUAAGUCAGGCACCAUGAACUCUUAUGAGAUGCGCAUGGCCCUGGAGUCUGCAGGCUUCAAGCUGACCAAUCACCUGUUCCAGCUGAUCAUCCUGCGCUACACUGAAGAGGACCUCACCGUCGACUUUGACAACUUUGUCACCUGUUUGAUCCGCCUGGAGACCAUGUUCAAAACGUUCAAGACGAUGGACACAGAUGCGGACGGGGUCAUCUCCCUCAACUUCUUCCAGUGGAUUUCCCUCACUAUGUUCGCCUAGAGCGACUGCGUGUUGGCGGAGGAUUCGGUGCCAUCCAGUGCCUCAGUCCAGCCCUGUGCCCCCCCCCCCUCCCCACCCUCACCCCCCGGCGGUGCCUUAGCGUCUCGCGUCCCCAAGCCAGCGGUGGGACCUUGAGCCAGACUAUCUUCAGUUUUCUAACCCCCUUCGUCCACCAGUGGCUUCGUGUUUACAAGCCUGGCCGUUUAGGCUGUGUGCCAAAUAGCAUACUGCUUCCCAAUCAUCACUCUUCUCGGCCAGGGAGGACUCCAGGAUUGGGACAGUGAGUCUACAAUGUGGAUUAGGCCGAGGCUAUUCCUAACUCUAGACUAAAAUAUGACUUUAAAUAGUGGCCCACUGUUACACAUACAAAACAAAGCGGAUCAAAGAUAUUAUCAUCAUCAUCAUCAUCAUCAUUCUUAGGUGAAACCAACUGAUGCAAUUUAUCAAGUGUUGCCCAUGGAUUGCCAAAUCAUGUCGGUUGAUGGCUGAAAUUUGGUUUUAAAGAUGUUCUAUUCUGUAUUAUAUAUAUAUUAUAUUAUAUUCUCCACACAAAAGUUUUAGGCAAAAUGCAAAUUAUGAGGUAAUGCAGCGUAUAGUGUACAUGCCAACUCUGCGUUCACAAUCAUAUGCCAACUCUGCGUUCACAAUCAUAUGCCAACUCUGCGUUCACAAUCAUAUGCCAACUCUGCGUUCACAAUCAUAUGCCAACUCUGCGUUCACAAUCAUGGAUACACAUGAUGCCAACUCUGCGUUCACAAUCAUGGAUACACUGCUUACCUGCUGCUGAACUGCUAUAAGGGGUCUUCGCCUUUUCUGCGCCCCAUGACUGCCAAAUGUCUGUUUACAUCUCAGUACGUGUGGAAGCAUUACAUUGUAUGCCAAG